AUGGGUUCAGUGGGAGUGAAUGCAAUUGAAACAGCAGCUCUUGGGAGACCCUUCAAGCUCGGUAUGCUGUAUGACUGCAGAAAAGACGCAUUAAUACCAGGUAUUAGACUUUGGAACAAAGAACAGCUGCAGCAGAAUAUUUGCUCUUGCACCCAAAUUAAUACAGGAUUCAAAGUCACAGCUUCAGACUCCAUUCAGGACAAAUCUAAAUUACUGAAUAUUGAUGGUGGGCUUAUACUGAGUAUUUUAGGUGAUCUCGUCCAUGUUAGUGGAGCAGCAAAAUAUCUCAAUGACAUCAAGAAGUCUUUCAAACAGCAGAGACUGACGCUACAUUAUCAUUCAACCAGCAGGUUUGAAGAACUGACUGUGAAUCAUUUGCCUUCUAAAAAUCUUCCUGACGAUGACAAUGAUACAGCCACACAUGUAGUGACAGCAAUACUGUAUGGAGCAGAUGCCUGCUUUGUGUUUGACAGAGAAGUUUCUUCAAAUGAGGACAAAAGCAGAGUAGAGGGAGAAGUGAAAGUGGCUUUUGAGAAACUGCAGGGCAUCGUUUCAGUGGGUGCAAAUGCUGAUCUAAGCAUGAAUGAUAACCAGAAAACUGAAGUCAAAAAGUUCACUUGUACAUUUUAUGGAGACUUCCAGCUACCGUCUAACCCGAACUCUUUUGAAGAUGCAUUGAAGGUUUUUGCUGAUCUUCCAAAACUCCUGGGAGAAAAACAAGACCGUGGGGUUCCACUGAGAGUUUGGCUUUAUCCUCUGGACAAACUUCACUCGAGAACUUCAAAACUUCAUAGAGACAUCAGCAUUGAUUUAACCAUAAAGAUUGAAUCAGUGAUUGAGACGAAGCAGGACACAGACUGGACAUCUGAACCUGUGCUGAAGGAUCAAGACACAGUUACUCUGACUGAUCUGAGAGAAGAAACUGAGUAUGAGAUCAAAUGUGCAGCGCUGGGGAAACUCAACUACACCGUAGACAGUGACGUGAUCAGAGUCAUCACAGGGGUAUGA